UUGUUCUCAGAAGAAUGCACGAGGCCAAAACAUAAACGAAAAUUUUGGUAUCACAAAAAUAAUGAAAACUCAACACCUCCUUUGGAUCGUGAAAAGAUGUACAUUAAGAAUCCACUGUUUGUCCCUCAAAUGCCUGCUUAUAAGAAUGAUAAAAAAAAAGUAAUGUUCGAUUCAAAAUCUAAAUAUUUAUCGAACGAGUAUGGAAUUCUUGCUUAG